ACCGUAAUGUGUGCGUUGAUCUAUUGUAGUUGCGGACGAAAGCUUCGUUCCGGUACCAGUCGCUGGGACCAGCGACUGUCUUAGGUAGUUGUCCCUAGGGUAGUUGACCUUGACUUUAGGAUGCAACACAGUGCGAGAGCAGUUGGUGCGAGAGCACUGCUCGCUCUGCCAGCCUCAUUGCGAGCGGCUGCAUUGAGGACGAUCCAGGCAAGAUGGCAGUCAACGAUACCCGAGCGCAAGCAUCCCAAAACAGCCCUGUUCUUCCCGGGUCAAGGCGUGCAGAGGGUAGGCAUGACGGCGGAUUGGCUUGAAGCCUACCCUCGCACAGUCAAGCCGGUGCUUGAGGAGAUGGAUGAAACACUCAAAGUCCCCUUGAGCAAGAUCAUCGCGGAAGGACCUAAUAGCAAGCUCACGGCAACGGAGAAUGCGCAGCCCGCUAUUAUGAUGACGUCCAUCAUCAUUCUGCGGGUGCUGGAGAAGGAGUUUGGCUUCAAGACUGCAGACAGGAUAGACCUAACACUAGGGCACUCACUGGGAGAGUUUGCAGCUUUGGUAGCGGCUGGCUAUCUGCGAGAGCCGGAUGCACUGCGGUUGGUGAGAAAACGAGCAGAAGUUAUGGCGCGGUGCUCGCGAGAGCUCAAUGAAGAAGUGGGCAUGGUUGCUCUGGUGUGCGAAGCCAACCAUUUGCCGUCCAUGAUAGACGCCAUACAUGACUUCCUUGGUCACGCCUCGGAAGGCUCGAAGAUGGACAGUAACGCAGACUCCGAUCUGCCAAGCGUACAGCAGGUGCUCAUCGCAAACGUGAAUUCGAAAAACCAGAUUGUGCUGAGUGGUAGCAUUAAGCGUAUCAACGAACUCCUGACCCAUUUGCGCCAAUUUGCUGGUCAUGACCCACGGGCGGUACGACUUAAAAGCGACUCACCCUUCCACAGCCCCCUGAUGAAGCCAGCAGCCGAAGUUAUGAAGAAGCUACUGGACCAGCCGUCUCAAGCUGCCAAAGGCGAAGACACAGUGAUAUGGCCGGGCAUCAUGCCGUGUGUCAGCAACGUUUCUGCCCGCCCGUUUGCAGACAAAAAGCAGCUCAAGGACUACCUUGCUCGGCAGUGCGUCGAGACUGUCUUAUGGCAUGAUAGCAUAAUCUAUCUGCACAAGGAGGAGAAGGUGCGGAGAUGGGUCGGCAUUGGCCCAGGCAAGGUUGGCCGCAACUUGGUCGGCAAGGAGGUUGGCAUGAAGGGGGCUGUGAAAGGAGGUGGUGUUUGGGGUAUCAGUGACCCGAGGGAGGUGGAGGCAAUUCUGCAAGACCUCGAUACGACGGAGACAGCUCAAGAGGACGACUGAAGGAAGACGCGGAUGUGACUUCGUUCACCUCGAGCCCUGCCUCGCGCAAUCGCCAGGACAGUCCAUUGUACACGCCCUUUACACGAAGGACAAGCUGGACCGUACGACCAAAAAGCUGCAGGCCGACACUGCGUCGUGAACGACAUAUUUGCACGAGAUGCUGCUCAUUGAUCUAGCCAUGUGCAACUCGCAACCGGCCGUAAGCUGCUCCGACGAGCAGAGAUGUUCGGCCUGAGCCGACGCGAGACAUCACCACUCCUAUCCGAUUCUGGAGGAUGUAGAUGCUGCCGAAGCUGCGGUGGAACGACAGUACGAGCAUAGAGGCAGAGCUCACAUGU